CGGAAUGUCACAAUUUUGACAGAUUAUAAUUCGCUGGCUGUUUAUUUCGGCGAUAUAGCGUUAAAAAACGUUUAUAAUUAAUGUUUCCGAGGAAAAGGUGAAACGAAAAUUAGUCGAAAAUGGCCAGAGACUAUGAUCAUUUAUUUAAGUUGCUCAUAAUAGGAGACAGCGGAGUUGGGAAAAGUUCACUUUUGCUGAGGUUUUCAGACAACACUUUUACAGGGAACUACAUUACCACCAUUGGGGUGGAUUUCAAAAUUAAAACAGUUUCGAUAGAUGGGCAAAAAAUAAAACUACAAAUUUGGGAUACGGCAGGGCAAGAACGAUUUAGAACAAUUACCAGCACAUAUUACAGAGGCACACAUGGGGUUAUAGUUGUAUAUGAUGUAACAAAUGGGGAAUCUUUUGCCAAUGUAAAAAGAUGGUUGCAUGAAAUAGAACAGAAUUGUGAUGUUGUUAACAGAGUUUUAGUUGGCAACAAAAACGACUCCCCUGAAAUCAAAGUCGUUUUAACUGAAGAUGCACAACGUUUUGCCGACACAAUGAACAUUCAAUUGUUUGAAACAUCAGCCAAAGACAAUUUAAACGUAGAAGAGAUGUUUAUGGCUGUUACAAAGCUGGUGGUACGCUCCAAAUUAGAAAUGAAAGAGAGGCAAAGUGUCACGCAAAAUGACACUGUUAAUUUAAGGAAAACAAACAAAUCCGGUAAAAAAAGGUGCUGUUAGCAUUCGGUAUUUCAGACUAUUUAUAAUUUUAAGGAAUCAUUGUAGAAAAUUGUCAUUAUUAUUGGAUUAAAUAUAGCUUUAUUUAAGUGGUGCAAAUUGUUGAAAUGUGAGCUGAAUUUUAAAAUCAUAUCAUUGUAUAUAGAUUUUUGUUUUAUCAAGAGUUUUGGUGACAAUUUUACUUCAGGAAAAUCAAAGAUACAGGGUUUGAUUGUAGGUAGGCAACCCGGAUUUCAGAUCGAGCUUUAAAUUUU